AUGGACAACUCUCGCCGUGCCUCCGCUGGCAGCCGCCGGCAACGAUCAUCCUCGACGUCCAGUACCGCCUCCGCAGCAUCGACUGUAUCGUCCAUGGACGAGGAGGAUUAUGAUUUGAUUGCCAGCGCCGCCAUCCCUGAUGGCUUUCGACCAUCUGGCCCCGUUCCGAACCCGACCUUUCGACGCCCAGCGCCUCCUUCUCUCGGCCAGUUGCUGCCGCCGCCCCAAGCCGUCAAUCCGUCCUUUUCGAAAUGGAAUCAUCGCCCUUCCAGCGUCGCCAAGGCCCCGCGGCCUCACGAUUCCCUCGCUAUCCGUGCCGAUGGCUCCAAUGCCACCAACGCGAGCCAGACGGGUGGAAACGGCGUUCCGCCGCUGCCAGUAGAGGCCCCAUACCGCGGCCCGUCGAAUCCUGCUCAUCAAUACGGCAUGUACCCCCAAAGGACCGCCAGUAACGCUACUGAUCGAAGUGUUCGUGGCAAUCGCCCGUCCUCAUAUACUGGUCCUCGUGGCCCCACUCACCCAUACACGCUGUAUACUCAAGGCACCGCAGCCGCACCUGUCGAGGCCACUCAGCAAGCUAUACCCGUCGGUUUUACCGGACUGGCCGCACCAUAUGAACGACAAAUUGGACCUGACGGCGAGGAUAUUGGCGACCUGCUGGGACCGCUUGGCCACACGGAAGAGUUGCCUCCGUACUCUCGAUACCCCGAAGUCGCUUUCACCACCAAGCCAGGACCUCGUGCUUCUGUUGUCGUCGGCACUGUACCAACGCCAGCACAACAAGCCGAUAACGACGAGGCUUCCGGUAGCGAGCCAGCCGCUUCCGUGGCCGCUGUUCCAGAGACGCAGAGCACUGCUGAUGUCACCCCGGAAAACCCGUUUGCCUCGGCCGAGGAUGACCUGGUGCGGACCAACUCACUGCAUUCACGGCAUUCCAUCAGAACCGUAUCCACCUACCGUGACGACCCGUCGUCCACCGAGUCUUUCUCCGAAAAAGAGCCGCGUAUCCAGACCAAAUGGCAGCGCAGGGCGAGGAAGAAGCUAUGGGGUGUCAUCCCCUACUGGUCCAUCUGCCUCGUCUUUGUUGGCCUUCUCAUGGGCAGUGUGAUGGGUGCGAUUGUUGGGACCCUCCUAACCAAGGGCUCGAAGAACAAAUCUGCUCCGGACCCCCCUCCGCCACCUCCCCUACCCGACAAGAACCCUACACCGACAGUUGUUGAUAUCCAGCCACUGCCAACGGUUCCUAACGCGCUUUUGCCAUUGCCUGUCGGCGCUUUUUCGCUGCCUCAAUUGGAUGGUGGCCGCGCUAGCAGAAUGUGCCUCAACGAUACAAGCCAGCUGCCGGCCUGGAGUUGCAACAUGCCCUUCCGCUUCUAUCAACUCGAUCUUCUCCUCGACGUGAAUCGACCUUCUACUGAGCGAUACAACAUGACGCUCAGACCCAUCAAUAACACCCAGUCCCAGUUGAUAUGGGGCACUCAGCCUCCUUUCAUUAAGGAUCCUGUGAAGCUGAGGCUCGUCAACGACAGCUUUGACAAGGACGGGCCCGGCCCUGCCUGGUGGACGUCUGUUUCCUACGAAAAGACUGUUAUUGUGCGGGACAGUGACCUCUCUCCACCCCUCACACAAAAGCGCUGGUUACCCGGACUCCAGCCUGCCACUUUCAACUCAAAGUCUAAAUUCAACAAGCAGAGUUACCACGCCCAACCUGGCGAUUGCAUGUGGAUCUGUACCUGGCCGCAGACGGUGCUCGAAGUUCUGAUCUACCCAGGCCAAAACACAUCGACAAGCUCAACCGCCUCGACUGUCACGACGUCGCCGGUUCCAACUCGCACAUCCUCUGCUACUGGCGACUCGAGCUAUGGCAACUUUGACCUGGACGAAAUGCCAAAUGCCCCCUUGUCACCUUACCCGAAGCUAGUCAGAAUGUUCGAGCGCCGCACAGCAAACAGCGACCCAGCCAGGUGUUUCAAGUAUCAGAUGGACCAUCGCGGCAAGAUUUCGCCCCAGUUCGACCCAAUCACUACGCAGCCGGUCGAGAUCGUCAUCGUCGAGAACACGAACACGGUUCACCGAUCUCGUCCUUACGAUGGCAAGAGCUACCGGGAUCUCAGCCAGGACGCCUCCGGCCUUGUGUCCCGUGACUCACUUGAAUUCACACCUUGUGGCUGUCUUUGGUCUCAAUAA